AUGGUAUACUCUAGAUCAAAAAAGAUAGGCAAGGUUUCUUAUGCCGAACUCAAAAAAACUGCACAAGCGAACAAGGAUAAGAUAGGCCCUCAAUGGAGUCACUGGGUUGGAAAAGCCAUUUCAAAGCUUGAAAGCGAAGGAAUAUUGGAGUCUGCAAGCCCUAGUGGGACGGUGGCACUGACGUCGAACGGCAAACAACUUAUAUCCCGGGCCCGCCGCUCUACCUUCCCUCAUGAAAAGGAUGAUAUUAACGCGAAUGAAGAAGGAAUGAUCUGGAAGCAGAUAAUUAGUGGAGUUUCAAAGCGGACACGCGCGUCCUCUGUAGACGAGUACCCGGGGAGUACGAGCGCCACACCUAGAAAGAAAUCCUCCAGAAAGCGAGCAAAAAUUUCGGAUCCCGCCAGUAAGACGAGCGUCUCAAAAAUGACUAAAGCUGAGCUCAAGGCCGAAUUAGACUGGUUGCGAGAGCAGGCACAAGUUCAUUAUCUUCUCAGGGGAGUUUCUCCAUUGACAGACCUUGACAACGAAGAACAAGUAGAAAAUGCGCAGUUACGAGAAGAAUUAAAAGAACGCGAGGAAGAAAUCGAGCAAAUGAGACGCGAGUUAUCUGCGGCAAGAGCCGCGAGGUACCGGGCAUUGAAUGACGAUAGGGAGAAUGAACCAGAUAUCAGUUUCUCACCACUGAUACCGGACGCUACGAGCGAAGUCAACCAUGUUACCUCCCCACGGGCUCCCGCUACCGCAUUGUCGCGCGUCUAUCCGAAGGGUCUAACUCGCACUCAAUCUGGUUCAUGUAUUUCCAACAUCAGCAAACAACCUACUCCCGCUCCAAGCUCACCUGAUGAUGAUUUGCCCAUAUACGACGAUAACAUGUUAGGCCUUCGUCAGAGUACAGAAUCAACUUUGAAUCAGAAUGCUGUUCAAUGGCCAAGUGUCGUACCAAGUGGGAGUGGUAACCACCUAGGGGGCGACCGCUUGAUGGAUAGCGCAUCCCCCGCUACCCCUCUCAGUCGCGUUGAUAAGCGGUCUAACGAGCACCAAGGGGAUAUAUCGACAUUAACGACCGAGAUUGAGAGUCUACGGAAACAAUUGGAGGUUAAAACAGAUUCACUUUCCAAUCGGGACGCAGAGGUUAAAGCUCUAUCGGAGCGCAUUGCGAGCUUAGACUCGGUCCUUCUUAAUCAGGAAGGUUCAAUCGCGUCUUUGCGUGAGGCUAACGCAAGGCUGAGCGCCGAGGUUGCCGACAAGCAGGACUUGUGGAAACAAGCGAAAGAUACGGUUGUGAAGACAGCAGAGCAAUUGAAAGCAGCCCAGUCCUCACUCGAGGUUUUGAGGAACGAGAACACAUCCGUUGCUGAUAGGUUCGUCCUUCUAGAAUUGUCAAAUGAAGAAUUGCAUCGUCAGAAAGACGCCCUCCGGGAUUCUGUUGACCGCCUCAAGAAACAAGAGCUCAACCUCAAGGCCGCAAAUGAACGCCUUCAAAACCGACUUAAUGGCGUUAUGGCAGAACUGACGUUGGAGAAAGAAUUAGGCGAUGAGAAGCUGACCGAAAUCGCCCGCCUGAAUGCAAAACACUCAACGGACUUUCAUGUCGUCCGACAGAAGAAUGAGGAUCUCGAGAAACUGGUAUCCAUAUAUCGAACCGAAAUAGAAGAAAAGGGGUUAUCCAUUGAGAGCCUAGGUAACGAACUGAAGCAAAAAAAUCUUCACAUUGAGGACCUCUCAACCAAGUUGCAAAUAAUGGGUAGAUCAGCUGAAGAUCUUUCAGCGCGCUUCUCCGGAGCUCAAUCCUCCAUCGCGUCACUCUCUCAAGAGCUGGAAGACGCGAAGCGAGAUGCACUGUCUUUUGAAACCAGGCUUGAGGCCACCGUUUCCGAGCUCAAAACCGAAUUGGCGGGGAGACAAGAAACGGUCGCGAAAUUGUCGGAAAAGGAGAAGGAGAUAGAGCUCGAACGAGAAAGCACAAACCAGCUUCGUGGUUACGUGGAGAAACUUAAGCGCGACAUUGCGACGAAGGAACAUGGCGUGCAACAACUUGUGGGUGAGGUUGAAGCUGCGCGGGAACAAAUUACGUCUUUGGAGGGCUACUUGGCCGAUUCUGCACGGACCCUUGAAGCAGAGCGUGGUCAAAUGUCAACAAAAUUAUCUAAUCUCGAAAGUUCCGUCACAUCGGCAAGGAUUGAUGUCGCCAGAACUAGCGAAAGUCUCGCGGACGCAAAUAGACAAUUGAUUGUGUUAAACGCUGAUCUAACGAGAAAGGACACCAAACUCGAUACCUUGGGUGCCACUUUGAACGAGGAGCGGCAGGAAAAAUCGCGUUUGUCCGCCGAUCUUGAUACACUUACUAGGAGGAAUAACGACUUGCAAGACAAACUGCGCCAAUAUGAGGCCUGUAAAUCCCUCGACCAGACUACGAUCAUCGACUUGCGCAAUACGUUGGCCAAGAUCCGCGACUCUCAAAUGAAAUUAUUUGGAGAAAUUGAGGAGAAGAUUAUUUCUGCUCAACCUUCGCCGAGCUCAUAUCAAGCUACUUAA